UUUCGGUCAAGCGCACAAAACGUACGCACGAGCUCGGCAGACUAGUCGAUUGUUAUGGCUACGUGCAGAUGGCUGCUAGCGUCGCCCCGCUGGAGACCGCGCCGCACGACUGCUCCGGCGCCGACGACCACGCUGCUCGACUACGCACGCUGAGGACCUUCGGCGGAUACGCGAUCUACCCGGUGUUCGUCGUGUUCUGGCUACUGCGAUGGAUCUGCACGAGUGUGUUCGCCGUGGUGGUGUUCGUUUUCCGCGGUGGCCGCAGCGCUCGCCACGAAGAGCGCCACUACGGCCACCUCUCGGCGACCAGUGGCAGCUCCGACGCGAUGGCGGCGUCCAGUGGGGAGCCUGACGCGAAUCAGCUCAUACGACAGAAACAGCACCACAAGCGGGCCUUCGACUUCAUCUCCAAGGCGCUCAAGUACGACGAAGAGAAUGACGAUCUCAAGGAGUUGGCCAUCGACCUCUACCGCAAGGGUAUCGAGGAACUACAGAAAGGAAUCGCCAUCGACUUCUCUCAAGGAAAAGGUCCUUCUUGGGAGCGAGCGCACAGGCUUACAGACAAGAUGAAGGUGAACCUCGACAUGGCCAAGGACAGGCUCGACUUCUUAGAGAGCAUGGUCAAGAUUGAGCACCUCGGCGAUGACUUGCCCUGGCAUGCGGGCGUGGCCCGGCCUCAGGCCAACCAAAAGCGCCGAGCAUGGCAGAAGGCGGCACCUGGCCACGACGCAGCCGGGAAACUGGACGGCCCCUCGUGGCUAAAGAUGGCCGAGAAUGGCGGUCCUGGCAGCCAAGUGAAUGACAGGCAUCGGCGCUGCCUGUCGCCGCCCCUGUCGCCGCGUUCAGGUGUUACGCUGAGGAACCAGGCCGCAACAACAUCACGGCCAGGAGUGACGACGCAGGCAGUCGCCCCACGGGCCCAGACACUGCCUCGGAACACGACGGCCGGAGGUGCUCGGACAACGGCCAAAUCCCCGUCACGAGUUUCCCGGCCAGCCGCCAACGAAGCUGGACCAACGCCAACGGCAGCAAGGCGGCGGCUCAACCAGCAACAACCAAACGCGCAGCAACCCAAGGGUCGGCAGCCACCUGCUGCAGCAGCGCGGCCUGGCUCUAGAGGAGGAUCCUUCCGGGGCGGUAGCGAAGGAAGGCGGGUGUCGACGCUAAAAGGCGUGGACUCGCGGCUCGCCCACAUGAUCCUCGACGAGAUAGUGGACGGUGGGCCUGAGGUGCUUUUCAGCGACAUUGCUGGCCAAGAAGUGGCCAAGCAAGCACUCAGUGAAAUGGUGAUCCUGCCCACAGACAGGCCAGAACUGUUCACAGGUCUGAGAGCACCGCCCAAGGGCCUAUUGCUGUUUGGGCCACCAGGCAACGGGAAGACUAUGCUGGCGAAGGCAGUCGCCCACGAAUCCCACUCUACAUUCUUGAACAUCAGCGCGGCCUCGCUAACUUCGAAAUACGUUGGUGAGGGAGAGAAGCUGGUUCGAGCUCUGUUUGCUGUUGCACGAGAACUGCAGCCUAGCAUCAUCUUCAUCGAUGAGGUUGACUCCCUGCUCAGCGAGAGGAAGGACAAUGAGCAUGAAGCUACACGGAGGCUGAAGACAGAGUUCCUCGUCGAGUUUGAUGGGCUGCACACAGGGAAUGAGGAGCGGAUUCUUGUCAUGGGUGCCACGAACAGGCCUCAAGAGCUCGACGACGCUGCUCUCAGGCGUUUCACCAAGCGGGUGUACGUGACCCUGCCAGACGAGAAAACGCGGCUUGUGCUUCUGGAAAAGCUGCUCAGGAAGCAAAAUAGCCCGCUGUCGCUUGACAAGCUGAAGUACCUGGCAAGGGUGACCAGCGGCUACUCGGGAAGUGACCUGACGGCGCUAGCCAAAGACGCCGCUCUGGGUCCCAUAAGAGAGCUCAAUCCUGAGCAAGUCCGGUGCGUCGACCCCAAAAAGAUGCGUAACAUAACGCUCGAGGACUUCAUGACCUCACUCAAGAAAGUCCGUUGCAGCGUAUCGUCACAGAGCCUCGAGUUCUACGAGCGCUGGAACCAGGAGUUCGGUGACAUCACCGUCUGACAUCACCCUCGGAGCACGUUGUAGAGUGUACCAUCAUUUCUGCCGUCCUGUUUUUUGUGUCUUUUUCGUUUGUCACACUGACGCGCCGCUUUGUUAAUAGCAGCAGAGUGUCGAUGGACUGGUCACGCAUUUCACCUUUGGUUUUUUUUUGCAUCGUUGCAUCAUUUUUUCAGCACAGACCUCUGCGGACAAAAACUCGAGAGAAAGUUUCGAGGGAGGCGAGAGGUUCACUGAUGUUGCCUUUGUUGUGCAAAAGUUGGCACUUGCACACCGAACAUCGUGCGCAUGUAGAGAUUCAAGCAUGUUUUCGAUGCGCUAACAGAUUGAUCCACUCGCGGUUGCAAAAUUGCUUUAAGCAUGCAAAUGUUGCCUGACCUAAAUUUAAUCAGGUUGUUCUUUUUGCUAAAUUGGCUUUGGUGUCCUUCAGGCUGACUUGAAUGCAAUGUGUUCACUUGUCAUUCGUUGGGUCGAGAUCCCGCGGAAAGGGUACAUUGUCAAUGUAUAUAGUGCAAACGGUUAUCACAUGGACAAUCUUCCAGUGGACUGACAGUGUCUUGCGUUGUCACGCAGCGUUUGUGUGGCGUUUGAGAGAACAGUUCCUCUGUUUUGAGAGAAAUGAGCUGAAAUACAUGCACGAGGUGUGAGCAUAUGUUCUGGUUUUAAUGUUUUUAAUUUGCAUACUAGAGGUAGGGGUCUAGUUAGUAAAGCUUGUUUUGUGUACUUCAACUGGAAAAUAUGUGCUAAUGUAAAUCUUGAUAGCUUUGUCAAUCUAGGGAAAAAACGUGUAAGGCACAAAUACGACGGCGACAAAGCAAAGAUACUACUAUACUACUUGACAGGCACAUGUGCAAACUUCCAACUGUUAUUUACAGAAACUGCAGGAAUUCAUGGACGGUCAAAGGAGGCAUAACUAAGAAAUCUUCACAAGAAACUAAAACAUCAUUUGCUUGUUUUGUCAAGUAUCUCUUGCUAAGAGGUUACCUUGUUUGGCAGCCUAUAGAUUGGCGCGGUUUCUGUAAACAAACAGUUGUAAGUUGGCGCCCGUGUCUGUCGGAUUUUUUUCCCGCUUUGUCUCAGUCGUCCUUGCGCCUUAUCUGUUUUUUGCUCAAGUCUUAGUCAACCAGCUCUGCAACAAGCCCUGUUGUCAGUCUACUUUGCUGAAAUCUUGUGACAAAAGGCGGGACAUGCAUUGGUGUUCAGCUGACUUGCUGCCGUGUCCUUGCAGUGCGUGCAUUGUAGUGAAUGCAAUUAUUAGGAUCAGCGAAAUUGCUAAGGGUGUGGGAGACUAGUAACUUCCUCUUAAAAGCCUGCUUCUGUGUUUUCUCAGCCAUAUAGCUACGCACUUUGAUUGCUUUGAAAACGUCUAAAGUCUCUGCUUGUUCCCCAGUAUUUGCCGAUAAUAUAAGAAUGUUUCGGCUCUCAAUAUGCCCACUUUCUACAACCUACUUUAAGAGAGAUCUGGGUUUUAGAAGAUGUGCGAAUAUAAGUGAUAGCUGGGCGAGUUGGUACGUGUCCAUAUUUUAACUCUUCUUAGCGCGCACAGAACACGGGAACUAGAGACAGACGAGCGCUUGUCUGUCUGUCGUGCUUGUGUUCUGUGCGCCCUAAAGAGCCUUGAAAUGUGGAUGUGUGAAUACCAUUUCCGACUCACCGCCAAUAUCACAGAGCAAAAUACAGUAAGCAAUUUUGAAAACUGACAUUGAUUUAAUAGAAUGAAAAGAAACAAUAAGAUAGAAAUGUAGUCAUAGUUAUUGGCAACUUAUGCUACAACACUUCUAUAAUUUCCUCGUGAGUUUGCAGCACCAUAGAUUUUUAAUGUUCUGGGAAGUCUGAUUGCUGUGUUGUGUCAGCCUUGUAGUUUUCAGUGUUUUUGUGUUAAAAUUUUUAGGUUUUUUUUUUUGAAGUAUGAGUUUGGCUUUUGAAUCCCCACCCUUAAUGAAUGAAUGUACAGUCAGCAAUAAAAGUUUAGAUGCCACUACGUCUUUCAAAGCUAGAGUUUUUUAGCAAUUUAUGCGAGUAUGGGAUGGAAUUUCAUGGUACAUGCUAAUUCAUUUUAGAACAACCUAAAAGACCAAAUUCAGGGCCGUCUGGGGGAAGCAAUGAGAAUAUUCAGCUUUUUCUUGUCUUGGGGUGUCUAAACUUCUUUCUAGUGAACAGGUGUUCGAACGGUGCUAAGUGCGAUGGAUGUGUUCUCGCUAAAGGAUGGGUAGCGUGUGCUUGAAUGCGAUAUAAAUUUUCCUUCCAGUGCCAAGGAAGUAUAAGUGUGUGCAUUCACCAAGCUUCUCGAAUGGGUUUUCUUUCUUGUAAAUUGAUUUAGCCACUUAGCUUUCGUUAUUGUAACGUCAAACGAGCUUCGUUUGACCAGGCCAGGCAGUGCUAAGAGCGGUCACUGAUUGACGACUUCAGUGCAGUGAGAAGCUGUGAUUUCUGGUUACGGUGCUUUAAGUGAUUUGUGUUUAUUUUCUUGUUGCACUGUUGCUACUAGUUCUCUUCGUGGAAACACUUAAGAAGUAUUUUGCAUGGAGUAUUUUUCACACAGACCAUGGCUUCCCUGGUUGAGAGAAGGUCUGGUAAUAUAAGUGUCUCUCUUGUCGCACUGUGUCACCCCAUUUAGGAUAAUGAACGAUACAAUAUUGUCUAAUUGCUGGAAAUAAUUAAAUGGAAUGAAAUAUUGAAAUAAAUAUAUAAUGAAUUAACUUAAAUAACAAAUUAAAAUUAAAGGUAGUAAAUGGGUCUUCUUAUCUUAGCCAGGUGUUGGAGACAACUGAUUUUGUGACAGUGUGCCAGCCAGGUUGUAAAUGCGCAAAAGAAUGCAAUGUUACCUCUUCAAACGCUAGUUGUAUUGGCAAAGUUUAGUCUCAUGCCAUUAACGUUAGGUAACUGUGCUGGACAUGUUGCAGCUAUUCACCACAGAACACACUGUGAACGAAAUUUCGCACUUCCACUUGUUUAUAGCUUAGUGAAUUGAGGCAUCUUCGAUGGAGCGACAAAAAGAAAAUAAGAUGCUAUUCCCCGUAUUCAGAAUCGCUCCGACUUCAACUUUAUUUGCCACCGCCAUCAAUGCAGUGCACUUUUGAACACAGUGGCACGUUCGAUGCAUUUGUGCUACAUUGAAGGGGGUGGCAAUCCAAGUUCAAGUCGAUGGGCGUUUCUGAAUACGGGGUAUGAGUCGAGGAAAUUUUAUUCCUUGCUUGUGAUAUCAAACAGCACUACUGUACAUAGCUUAAAAUCCUCAUUGCUUGGCAUGUUUCACGCUGUACAUAAUCCUCACAGAACACAGUCAACCUCCUUUUACAGGCGGUUCGCCUUCAACGCUCGUGCCGUUCGAAUUUGCUUAGCUGCAAACGAAACGUGCACUCGAAGCAGACGUUGUUGUUCCAGGCGCGGCGUCACCUCCGCUCCUCGUCGCGUGACGUGAAGCGAGUGCGACGUCCGUGCUACCAAGGCUAGGUUUCGAGCGAGAGCCGCGGGAGCGCGUUUGUGUUUGUAAAAGGUAUGCACGCGACAUUACGACACAUUCAUUGCAACACUCGCAUUUCGCAUGUCUAUUGUGUACAUACUUUUUGUCGUUUCCUCGAGCAUGUCGUUUGUUCUGCUGGACCAGAAUUGUUUGUGCAGCAUUUUACGAACCUGCUUUGUAAAAAAAAAAAACUAGGCCUCCAUUAGAUUUUUUUUUCGCCUGUUGAUAGUUUGUAGCUAGGUCGCGGGAAAGAUGUUUUAAAAAUAAAUCUGGUUUUUACAGUA